AAAUUACUUUGGUAUGAUGUGUGCGUCGGAGUUGUUUAACGCGGAAAGCCUAGCCUAGCCUACCGUAUAUUACUUCUAUCGCCUUUCUGGAUCCAAUCAAAAUCCGGUGACGGCCGACGGUUCUUCGCGAUCUCCGGCAACCACAACAACAAAUCCGACUUUCUUUCCUUAAAUUAUUAAUUAUAUUCUUCUUCCUCUUAAUCUAUUGUAUUGGAACUGUCACUUCAUUCAUACUCAUCCCUCGAGAUCCGAAGUCUUACUCUACUCAUUAAUCAAAGGAACCUCAUUGCUCUUCACACUGUGAACCUAUGCAUACAACUCUCGAUUCUCACAACACAGAAACAUGAAGAGUUUCAUUCUCAAGAGUUCAACAAAACCAUAUGAAGGGAAGAUGCAAGUCUUCAUUUUUCUCUUACCCUUAACUUUCUUAGCUUAAAACUUCCAAAUUUCUCCAAAAAUGGCAUUCAAUGGAAUCACAGAAAUCUUUUCCUCAUUCACAAGUCGUUUCUCAACUCCAAAAUCUUCAACAAAUCAAUACGUAUCAUCCGGAUUACCACCACUAGGUAGUGGUGGUGGAUCUGUUCAUGGCUAUGGUUUUCCUGGUUCUAGACAAAAGAAUCUUCUCAGACUCUCAUCCUCCCUCCAAGAUUUCUCAGCAUACCGAAGGCUCGAUCCAGAAAAUGGCAAUUUUACCCCUGGAAUCGAACCAACCUCAUCAAACAUCAACCAAAUUUUACUAAGAGAAAAUGGAACCACAAGUUUCUCAAAAGAAAAACCAUCAUCACAAACCACGAUUAGAAGAAAAUGGGUACGUGCAAUCAUGGUUCUCUUUUGUCUACUUUCAUUGGCUUCUAUCAUCUAUGGUUUACUCUUUCUAUAUUCCAACUGGACUCAAUCUUCCGGAAGAUUCUAUGUUGUUCUAGAUUGUGGAAGCACUGGAACACGUGUAUAUGUCUACCAAGCAUCCAUAAACCACCAAAAAACCAACGUUCUUCCCAUUUUGUUAAAAUCAAUCCCUGAAGAUCUCAAAAGCAAACCAAGUUCUCUAAGUGGGAAAGCCUACAAUCGAAUGGAAACCGAACCUGGAUUUGACAAAUUAGUCCACAAUGUAUCUGGAUUAAAACAAGCAAUAAAGCCACUCCUUUUAUGGGCUGAAAAACAAAUCCCCAAACAUUCUCAUAAAUCCACUUCUGUGUUUCUUUACGCUACUGCAGGUGUUCGACGCCUCCCUGAUUCCGAUUCCGAUUGGCUUUUAAAAACCUCUUGGUCGAUUUUAAAAAAAUCAUCUUUUUUAUGUAAGAAAGAAUGGGUUAAAACCAUAAGUGGAAUGGAAGAGGCGUAUUAUGGAUGGAUAGCUUUAAACUAUCAUGCUCGUGUCCUUGGAUCUUCUUUACCAAAAAAAGAAACAUUCGGUGCACUUGAUUUAGGUGGAUCUUCUUUACAAGUGACAUUCGAAAGCAAUGACUAUGUCAACAAUGACACGAGUUUGAAUUUACGGAUUGGCCCUUUAAACCAUCAUUUAAGCGCGUAUUCUUUAGCGGGAUACGGUUUAAACGACGCGUUUGAUAAAUCUGUUGUCCAUAUUUUAAAAAAAAGUCCAAAUUCCAUCAAGGGUAAUUUGGUCAAAGGAAAAGCCGUGAUCCGACACCCGUGUCUCCAAUCCGGAUACAAAGAGAAAUACAUUUGCUCCCAAUGUCUUUCCGCUUUCCAAACAUCAAACGUAAAGAGAAACCUUUUGGGUAAAGGGGUAAAAUCGGGAAUUCCUGUUCAACUAAUCGGAUCUCCAAAAUGGGAAGAAUGCAGCGCGUUAGCUAAAGUAACGGUUAAUUUAUCCGAAUGGUCAGAUAACGCCCCGGGACUCGACUGUGAUUUACACCCGUGCGCCCUUCAAAAUUCCCUCCCUCGCCCCUACGGGAAUUUCUACGCGAUGUCCGGUUUUUACGUGGUGUAUCGGUUUUUCAACUUGAGUUCCGAUUCUGCCCUUGAUGAUGUUCUAGAAAAAGGGCGUGAGUUUUGUGAAAAAACAUGGGAGUCUGCUAAAAGAAGCGUGCCAGCUCAGCCUUUUAUAGAACAGUAUUGUUUUAGGGCGCCUUAUAUUGUGGUGUUGUUGAGAGAAGGAUUGCAUAUAACAGAUAGACAAGUGAAUAUUGGGUCAGGGGGGAUUACAUGGACAACUGGUGUUGCAUUGUUGGAAGCUGGGAAUUCAGUAUCGAGUAAAAAAGGGUUUUAUGAUUAUAGAUUAUUUGAAAUGAAGAUAAAUCCGGUUUUUGUUUAUGUGAUUUUGUUUGGGUCGCUGUGUAUGGUGAUUUGUGCUUUAUCAUUUGCGGGGAAUUGUGUCCCGAGGUUUUUUCGGAGGUUUGUGUUUAGAAGGAAUAAUGGUACAGGGAGUUCUGUGCUAAGUAUAUCAAGUCCUUUUAGUUUUCGGAGGUGGAGUCCGAUUAUUACAGGGGAAGGAAGGGUUAAGAUGCCACUGAGCCCUGUGGCGAGUGCGCAAAACCGAGCCUUCAGUCCAGAUAUCCAGCUGGCAGAAUCAUCUUCGCUAAGCAAUGUUGCACAUAGUUUUUCUUCAAGUAGUCUUACCCAAUCCCAAUUCGAUAGUAACAGCAACACCAGUGGAUUCUACUCGGGCCCACACCGAGGCCAAAUGCGCCUGCAGAGUAGACGAUCGCAAUCCCGUGAAGACCUUAAUUGUUCUGUUGCUGAUGCUCAUUUGGUCAAAGUCUGAGGUACCACCACUACCACUAUCUCCUGCUUGACUUUUUUUCCAUCUCAGAAAAUCAAAAUAAAUAUGAGUCAACUCAUGGUCAAAUCACACAUGUUCAGCUGUGCUUUGUAAAUACGUUGACUGACUGACAUGUUGACUAUGAUGCAUGGUUUGACUUUGACCAAGUCGUCAUGAGGUUUAUUUUGGUUUGGGAUGGACUAUGUUUGUGAGGAGAGGGGAGGGGAGGUCUAAUGAAGGAUAAGAAAAUUUUGGUUAACAUGUUUUGGCCUAAUGGGGGGAUUAGAUUUUUUUUUUUUUGUAUAAUAUUCGAUAGAUGUUUUUGGCUAAAGUUAUAUUUAUAUUUUUCGGUUUUAUUAUCAUCAGUCUUUGUGUUUUUCAGUUUAUAAAUAGUUGAACAGGUAACGAAGUUUGUCUCGAUAAACGUAAUGGCUGUUUAUUUUUUGGACCGAAUAAAUGUUUGGAUAAAGUGGUUAGUUAA